AUGUUCUACAUCAUGUAUCUCACAGGCCUUUGCCAACGCCGUCACUGGCCAGACCCUCUUUUCCAAACAUAUCGUACCCAGCAUGGCUACGGCGCCACAGUCCGUGUCAACAAUCGUGAAUACUCUACCGACGUCGACUACGAAUCGGAUGAACUCGCUAAGAAUGCUGCUGCGACACGUGCAUACAUGAUCUGCCGCAACUUCUCAGUGAACGAUGGAAGGGACCCCGGUCAACGCCCUGGCCAAACACCACAGGGUUUACCGGUAGCCAUUGGUACUGGCAGGAGGAACACCUGUUCCUCAAACGAUUACGACAGCGCCAGCAGUUCGAGUGGCGGCACGAGCCCAAGGAACAGUGACUACGGCCUUGAUGCGGUAGACGCUUUAGGGCGCCGCACCAGCAAAUCGUCUUCAAGCUCGUCGUCCAACUGCCCUUGUGGUCGAGGGGUGGUACGAGUCUAUGACAGGUGCGAUUAUUGCCUUCAUGCGGUAGGUUACAGGGUCUGAACCGCAUCACUACUUUCUCAUUUUAUCCGGUCACCAUCACCGGGCAGCACACGAUGAAGCGAUACGACACCAAAAGAUUUGAAGAGCUCAGGCUCAGCGAUAUCAACUUUUACGACCAUUACGACAUGCAUCUUUAUGACAGCCACGGGCCACUUUACGAAACAUGAACGCUUUCGGACAUGUCUGGUUCCCUUUCAUCUUUCCAGCAUCGAGCGUUAUACAAAGGUGGCAUGACGAAUAUUCUCAUUUCCGUAGCACACGGUUUUCUAAGCUGCUGCAUAGCGACGGUAUCGAAGCGUUUGAGCGAUUUUACACCAGACUGGGCCGGCUUUUUUGCACGCAGCGCGCGAUUCUUUUACACCUAAUGGUGAAUGAUGAUGAGAAACAAAAGAAGAAAGAUUACGAAGACUGGCCACACGGCCACAUGACAGAUAUUACCACGAAGAAAUGAAUUGACAUCCACUUUUGCAU